AUGUGCCUCUUGUUCUUCUUGCGGGAGCUUAUGAACCUCCUAGGACCGAAAUUCGGACCCAUGAAGAGUGUUUCCCUAGAAAAAAGGAGUCUGGCCUGUUUGUGGUUUCUGGGAAACACAGAGACAUUCAGAAGUGUAGCUGAUCGAUUUGGGAUGAGUAAAGAGACUCUACAUUUUCUGUUAGCUCAGUUUAAUGGCAUAUUCAAAAGUCAUAAAUUCCUCAAUACUUUCAUAUCUUGGCCAACAACAGAUGUUGAGCUAAGUAACCUUGCUGAGAAAUUCUCUCAGAGGGCAGGAUUUCCAGAUGCAGUAGGUGCCAUAGAUGGCACAUAUAUCCCUAUCAGUGGCCCCUCUGAAUAUAGAGAUUCAUACAUAUGUCGAAAAGGUUUUGCAGCUAUGCACCUUCAGGCAGUUUGUGGGCCUGAUUUGAAGUUCUUGGAUGUUUUUUCAGCUUACCCUGGGUCUGUACAUGAUACCAGAGUGUACAGAAACAGUCCUCUUUUUCAGGUGCUGCAGGACUUGCCACCCAAGUUUCAUCUUCUAGGUGACUCUGCAUACCCCCUGUCAACAAGCUUGCUGACUCCCUACCGUGACAAUGGUCACCUUACCCUUGAGGAGAAGCGGUACAACAGUGCCCAUAGCUCUACAAGAGUGGACAUUGAGAGAGCUUUUGGUCUCCUCAAGGGUAAGUUCAGGAAGCUGAAGUUUCUUGACAUGAGGCAUGUAGAGGAUAUUCCUAGCACUAUUCUAACUUGCUGUGCACUACAUAAUUUCAUUUUAAUGGAUGAAAGUCUGGAUGAGAGUGAAGUUGUUUUGGAAUGUGUGAGUGAGAAUGUUCAGUGUGAGAAUGACGCGAGAGAGUCGCUUUCAGGACAAAGGAAACGACAGGAUAUGCAUGUGUUAACAUGA